AUGGAGUUGAGCUCAGAGAAACAGACCUCUGGCAGUGAAAACCUAGCCGUGUUGUAUAACGUGUCUUAUCGGUUUAUCGUGUCUGAUCUCGAGGUGCGCGUCAGAUCAAUUCGCGUCGUGAACGCAUUCCGUAGCUCCCUCUACGAAGGCCUUGAGAAACCAGACUCCAGACCGUCCAUCCAUAACUUCAUGACCCACCCAGAGUUUAGGAUAGAAGACACCACGCCUCACAUCCCCCUGAUAGACGACACUGACCUGGAAGAGGACCCUGCGUUGAGGAUGAUCCCUCAGUCCCAGACAGGCAGCCAGCCCCAGUCCCCCAACAAGAACAACAACGCUGUCGACAGCGGCAUCAACCUCACCAUCGACACCACCAGUCAAUCAGCUGCAUCCUCCGGCCCAGCCAGCCCACUGCACAGUCUGGAGACCUCCCUCUAGUGGCCUGCAGCUGGCUGGUGAAGACCUCAUCUGCAACCUUGGAGACACCAGCCCACUGCAGCCAUUGGAGACCUCUAGCAACACCUUCUGACAGCCUGGCUGGUGGAGACCUCCGUCUGCAAUCUGGAGACCUCCUUCACUGCCAUUUGGAGACCUUUCCCUACUGCAAUAUAGAGCUUUCUAUACUGCAAUAUAGAGACCUUUCUCUACUGCAAUAUAGAGACCUUUCUCUAUUGCAAUAUAGAGAGCUUUCUCUACUGCAAUAUAGAGACCUUUCUCUACUGCAAUAUAGAGAGCUUUCUCUACUGCAAUAUAGAGACCUUUCUCUACUGCAAUAUAGAGACCUUUCUCUACUGCAAUAUAGAGAUAUUUCCCUACUGCAUUAUAGAGACCUUUCUCUACUGCAAUAUAGAGACCUUUCUCUACUGCAAUAUAGAGACCUUUCUCUACUGCAAUAUAGAGACCUUUCUCUACUGCAAUAUAGAGUCCUUUCUCUACUGCAAUAUAGAGACCGUUCUCUACUGCAAUAUAGAGACCUUUCUCUACUGCAAUAUAGAGUCCUUUCUCUACUGCAAUAUAGAGACCGUUCUCUACUGCAAUAUAGAGACCUUUCUCUACUGCAAUAUAGAGAGCUUUCUCUUGAGGCCUGGUGGAGAUAUCUACUGCAGCCUGGUGGAGAUAUCUACUGCAGCCUGGUGGAGAUAUCUACUGCAGCCUGGUGGAGAUAUCUACUGCAGCCUGGUGGAGAUAUCUACUGCAGCCUGGUGGAGAUAUCUACUGCAGCCUGGUAGAGAUAUCUACUGCAGCCUGGUGGAGAUAUCUACUGCAGCCCGGUGGAGAUAUCUACUGCAGGUUGGAGACUUCUGUCUUUCAGUCUCUUAGACACCUCCUUUGUCUGCAGUUUGGAGACCUUCCUCUAGCCUCAGUCUGUCUCCUGCAAUCUCUCCUCCUGUACCUGGAGAAAACAUCAUACCACACAUACAAUCAGAAAGCACAACAAAGCCAACACACAGGACAUGUGUGUGUACUGUGUGUGUGUGUGUGUGUGUGUGUGUGCGCGCUGCUGACUGACUGAACCAUGUUUCUAGCAGCAGUGAAGAGGAGGACCUGAAAGUGAGUGAAAAGACAGCAUAAACUACAACCCACUCCUCUCUCCGUCCUCACAUUAACAAUGACUGUUUCUCCUAAUAGAUUCAAUUAAAAACAUGUAUUAUUGCUCCUGCAUGAAUGUACAUUAUCCAAUGUUUUUAUUUAAAUCGUUUUUAAAAUUUGAUUGGGUGGGUGAGAAGUGGAUUGCUUCUUUAAGGCAACUUUAUUCGGAUCGUUGGUCUGCGAGUUCUUUAAGUGUAAAAAUGUAUUUGGUUUAUAAAAAUGAGAGGUGUGUCAAGGCCGUAGGACUCAACAAGCACAGUAGAUUUACACCUGUUGGAAAAGAGGAACCCAUAAAUAAAUAACAUUUCUUAAACUUAUGAUAUAUAUAUAUAUAUAUACAGAGUUUAUCUUCAUUUGUUGGCAUGUUGCCUUGUUUCUGCUUCGAUGGCUCUAACUACUUUGAACUUAUUUAUGUCCUUAAGAGAAUGUCAUUGGUUUACAACACCUGUAGAAACUUCCUGGUUGUAGGGUUCCAAACCAUUCAGCAGAUGUAGUUGAAAAAAAAAAAAAAAACUCAAGUUGUUUGAGUUCUCCUCAUUGGUGUUUAUAAUAUACCGUGUACUGGACUUGCCUGCUAUCAAAUAGUGUAGAUAUUUUUUAGAGGAUAACAAAAGAUUAUGGGAUGUAAUAAUUCAUGUUAGUUAAUAUUAUAUGAUUGUUGGGAUGAACUUUGAACCUUUGUUUCCAAACAGAGAUGUUAAUAAGACUAAAGGUUUUAUUUCUUUAAUUACAAUUUUUCUUAUUUUUCUUAUUUUUGCGUUCAAAGCUUGAAAUGUAACUUAAAUUGAGACUUACUCCGAGCUGAGCGGCCGCACAGGCUUUCUAUAACGGACAUGUCUCCUAUAUAAAAAAAAAACUGCUAGUUUUAAGGAUUUUUACAUUUUAUUUUGUGUGACCAUCAAAGGCUGCGAUGGAUUUAUAUUAGAAACUUGCAAACUAAUAUUUGGUUUAUCUGUAUAGAAAAAUCUAAAAGUUGUGUUGAAAAUCUUGUGAUAUAAUGUGUUGAUGGAUUGUUUUAUUAUUUUAUUGAUUUCUUGUUUUCCUUUUGAAAAAUAAUAAGAAAAAACAACACACGGCGAUCCAAAGCUAUUGGCAUUUUGAACGACUAAAAA